UAUGCAUGCGCGCACUCGGCAGCCCGCCUCUGGCCGGCUGAUGCUUUCGUCUCGUCCCUGUCCAUUCGGUUCAGGAAAGGGGGGAGAGGACGAAACGCGAGAGAAAACAUCCAUGGGUGGCUGUGUGGGCAGUCAUCAUGACUCUUCGGGCAGCUUAAACGAAAACUCAGACGGAACCGGAGUGGCGCUGGGGCGCAACCAGCCCCUGAAGAGAGAGAAGCCCAAAUGGAAGAGCGAUUACCCGAUGACCGACGGUCAGCUGCGGAGCAAGCGUGAUGAAUUCUGGGACACGGCGCCUGCCUUUGAGGGUCGCAAAGAGAUCUGGGACGCGCUCAAGGCCGCAGCACAGGCCUUCGAGAGCAACGACCACGAGCUCGCUCAGGCCAUCAUCGACGGAGCGAGCAUCACUCUUCCACACGGUGCUUUAACCGAGUGCUAUGAUGAACUGGGUAACCGCUACCAGCUCCCAGUCUACUGCCUCUCUCCGCCCGUCAACAUGAUCGAGGAAAAGAGCGAGACGGAGACGCCCGAAGCCCCCGAAGCCCCGCCCACCGAAGGACACGAGUGCCAGCUGCGUCUGCGUCUCUCGACGGGUCGUGACCUGCGUCUGGCCGUGCGCUCCGGAGACAGCGUGCUCUUCAUGAAGCGCCGUCUGCAGGCUCAGGAAGGUCUCGAGGCAUCCAGUCAGCGCUGGUUCUUCUCGGGUCGACCGCUCAGCGACCGCAUGAAGCUGCACGAGCUCAACAUCUCUAAAGACUACGUGGUGCAGGUGAUCGUCAGCCAGCCGCCGCCCGUGGAGAACUGAGGCGCUUCUUCCUGCGGAGACUCUGAUAAACAUGGGGGAAAGAGUUCUGUGUAGAAGGUCGGAGAUCUUACCUGGAGAGGAACGAGGUUCCUGUGAGCACGCUGCUCUAAAGAGCCACAAGCCGUCAGAAGAUUCAUCAAGUGCUUUCUCUUCCCUUCUUUAGAUUGUUUUCUUCUUCUGAUGCUUAUAUGUCUGCAAGGCAGACCUGAAAUAUGGACGUCUAAAUCUCCAAGGCGCUCUGACAGACUUUCCUACAGCCGGACCUCGUCUCGGCUUUUAACGAAUCACUUUUUUUUUUUAAAUGUUUUUUAAUGGAAAACUCUCCUCCUGAACUAGAUAGGGAAUAUACCAAUAUAUAAAAGAAGGAAGUUCUAAAUCUUAAUUUUUUUUUCUCCUGCUCUUUGGAGUCAGAUUGGAGUGCAUUUAAACGACUCUGCACUGUAAAACAAUCCUAAAGUGAUUAGCCGUUUUCCUUUCUUUUUUUUGAGGUUAUGCAAAGGGAACUUGUGGUUUUUUUUCCCCUUUGUGUAAUAAAUCAGCUGUUUGACCUUUUGUCUAAAUUUGGGCCCAUGUGCUUUGACACGGGGGAAGUGUCUCCGCGCUCCAUGCUGUACAUCUGUUACCGUAGCGUAGAUGAGAUGCAAGAUGACGAGAAUCUGGUCGUUCCGCCAGGUUUCCAUGGCACCGUCCUGUCUCUCUCUCUCUCUCUCUCUCUCUCUUUCUCUCGCUAUUUUUAAAGCGGUGUAAUCACGGACACAGGGGCCGAGGAAGAAAGAGGAAGGGUUGAUCGACUGUCUCGGCACCGAAACAGGUGCUAUGACGACAGAAAAAGAGACGCUAACGCGGUUCACCUGAUUCACUCUGUUUUGUUUAAGAGGAGAUAGCGAGAAAAAAAUAAUGAUGGCUUAUUUUAAUGAUACAGAAUGCGUUUUUAAUUAAAAACGAACGUUUCUACUCCAUUGUUUUGUG